AUGAUUUUCAGACGGCACAGCAGGCUUUGUUUACACAGCUAUCCGACUGCAGCCAGUUAGCCUGCUCUGCUGUGCUCUGCUCCAGAAAAUUCGUGUUCAGAGUUUAGAGGGAAGGAAUAGCCAGCUGUGAACCACAAGGGAGUGCUACCAAAAGUUUUUACUUUGCACAAAGGCCACAAGUGUGGUGAAAUUCUUGACAAGAAGAGGUGAAACAAGAGAACAGUUUGUUCUUGAGUUUGGUUUGAAAUGAUUCUUUGAAAAACCCUCCACCGUUGCACUGCUGUAUUUCCAUUGAACAAGGUGGGACAUACAGUGGAAGAAGAAAAAAAAACAGGCGGCAACAUUUUUACGCGUGUGUUGUGCUUUACCGAGGCACCGCAUUGAGGGAAUCUAAAAGAGGAUAAACCAAGACAUUUUGGAUAUACAAAACUUUUAUCUUCCGGAGAACCCUCUAAAGGAUUUGAUACAGUUUUAGGGGGAAAGGUUGCCUGUGCUGUGCUAUGCAGGAGAACUCCCAUUCACUCUGUAUCUGAAAGGAAUAUUUAGGAGAGAGAUCCAAAAACAAAGGCCAUGGAGUUGGGCCGCAGGGACAGAGAGCCCUGCUUGUCCCCAGCAGCAUUUGUUAAUCAGGUGCAAUACUCCAACAUUCUGGAGGGAAGAUUUAAACAGCUGCAAGAUGAGCGUGAAGCAGUACAGAAGAAGACCUUCACCAAAUGGGUAAACUCUCACUUAGGCCGAGUGACCUGUCGCAUUGGUGACUUGUACACCGACCUACGCGAUGGCCGCAUGCUCAUCCGCCUUCUGGAAGUGCUUUCAGGAGAACAGCUGCCAAAGCCCACUAAGGGCCGCAUGCGUAUCCACUGCCUGGAAAAUGUUGAUAAAGCCCUGCAGUUUCUCAAGGAGCAAAAGGUCCAUCUAGAAAACAUGGGCUCACAUGACAUUGUGGAUGGGAAUCACCGUCUCACCCUGGGUCUCAUCUGGACCAUCAUCCUUCGCUUCCAGAUCCAGGACAUCAGUGUGGAGACGGCGGACAACAAGGAGAAGAAAUCAGCCAAAGAUGCCCUACUGCUUUGGUGCCAAAUGAAAACUGCUGGAUACCCCAAUGUCAACAUCCACAACUUCACUACCAGCUGGAGAGAUGGUCUCGCGUUCAGUGCCAUCGUGCACAAACACAGACCUGACGUGAUUGAGUUUGACAACCUGAAGAGGUCCAAUGCUCACUACAAUCUCCAGAAUGCUUUCAAUGUGGCUGAGAAGGAACUUGGGCUUACCAAGCUGCUGGACCCAGAAGAUGUUAAUGUUGAUCAGCCUGAUGAAAAGUCCAUCAUUACCUAUGUGGCGACCUACUACCAUUAUUUCUCCAAGAUGAAAGCCCUGGCAGUGGAGGGCAAACGAAUUGGCAAGGUACUGGACUAUGCUAUUGAGGCUGAUGAGCUGAUAGAGAAGUACGAGACCCUUGCCUCAGAGCUGCUGCAGUGGAUUGAGCAGACCAUAGGGACGCUCAACGACCGGCAGCUAGCUAACUCACUAAACGCUGUGCAGAACCAGCUCCAGGCUUUCAACUCCUACCGGACUGUGGAGAAACCCCCCAAAUUUACAGAGAAGGGAAACUUGGAAGUUCUUCUCUUCACUAUCCAGAGCAAGAUGAGGGCAAACAAUCAGAAAGUCUACAUCCCAAGAGAGGGCAAACUCAUCUCAGACAUCAAUAAGGCAUGGGAGCGACUGGAAAAGGCCGAGCAUGAACGAGAGCUGGCACUGAGAAAUGAGUUGAUUCGCCAGGAGAAGCUGGAGAUGCUCGCUGCCCGUUUUGACCGCAAAGCAGCUAUGCGGGAGACCUGGCUAAGUGAGAACCAAAGGCUGGUGUCUCAGGACAACUUUGGAACUGACUUGGGAGCCGUGGAAGCUGCCACCCGUAAACAUGAAGCAAUUGAGACAGACAUUGGGGCAUAUUGGGAGCGUGUGGCUGCUGUGGAGGCUGUUGCCAAAGAGCUGGAAGCAGAGAGGUACCAUGAUGUGCGACGUGUAAUUGCACGAAGGGAUAAUGUGCUUCGACUCUGGGAAUACCUGAAGGAGCUUCUGGCUGCACGCAGAGAGCGGCUGAACGCCCAUCGUGACCUACAGAGACUAUUUGAGGAGAUGCGCUACAUCAUGGACUGGAUGGCAGAGAUGAAGGGCCGUCUGCAGUCCCAGGACAGUGGCAAACAUUUGCAUGAUGUGUUAGACCUACUGCAGAAGCACACUCUGGUAGAGGCUGACAUUUCAGCUCAGGCAGAGAGGAUCAAGGCAGUGCAGGGAGCCGCACAACGAUUCACUUCCUAUGAACAGGCCUACAAACCAUGUGAGCCGGGACUAGUAAGUGAGAAGGUUGACCUGCUUGGUCAAGCCUAUGAGGAGCUUGGUCAGCUUGCUGGGAAACGCAGAUUGCGCCUCGAGGACUCGCAUCGCCUGUGGCAGUUUCUGUGGGAUGUGGGAGAGGAGGCGGCCUGGAUCAGGGAGCAGGAGCAGAUUCUGGCCAGCGGAGACUGUGGACGUGACCUCACUUCUGCCCUUCACCUGCUUAGCAAACAUGAGGCCUUCAGGGAUGAGAUGGCAGCCCGUUUUGGCCCUCUGAGUAACAGCAUUGCUGCUGGGGAAGCUUUGGUUCAGGAGGGUCACUUUGGAGCGCCAGAGGUCACCGAGAGGAUUGAAGACAUCCGUGCCCAGUGGACACAUCUGGAAGAGGCAACUAAGCUCAGAGAGCAGAGCCUUAAGGAAGCUGUGGCCCUGCACCAGUUUCAAACGGAUGCCAAUGACAUGGAGGCAUGGAUCAUGGAGACACUUAGACAGGUGUCCAGUCAGGAGGUGGGUCACGAUGAGUUUUCCACCCAAACACUCGCUCGCAAGCAGAGGGAGAUAGAAGAGGAGAUCCAGAGUCACCGCCCCGGCAUCGACUCACUGCAUGAGCAGGUCCAAGCACUGCCACAGGCUUAUAUACAUUUCCCUGAGGUGGAUGGUCGCCUACCUGCUAUUGAGCAGCGCUUUGAAGAACUGGAGUCUCUGUCAGCAGCUCGGCGCCAGGCUCUGGAAGGUGCCCUGGCCCUUUACCGCAUGUUCAGUGAAGCUGGUGCCUGCCAGCUCUGGGUGGAGGAAAAGGAGCAAUGGUUACAUGGCAUGGAGAUCCCUACCAAACUGGAGGACUUAGAGGUGGUGCAGCAGAGGUUCGAGACACUGGAACCUGAGAUGAACAACCUAGGCAUUCGUGUCGCCGACGUGAACCAGGUUGCCGAGCAGCUGUUGAGCUCCGACAACUGUAGCAAAGCCCAAAUCAACCAGACACGAGACCAACUGCACAACCGAUGGAAGGAGUUCGAACAACUUGCUGGCCAAAAGAAAAUAGCUCUGGAGUCGGCCCUUAACAUCCAGAACUACCACUUGGAGUGUAAUGAGAUCCAAACUUGGAUGAAGGAAAAGACCAAAGUGAUUGAAUCCACCCAGAGCCUGGGCAAUGACCUGGCUGGAGUGAUGGCACUGCAACGCAAACUCACUGGCAUGGAGAGAGACCUGGAGGCCAUUCAGGGCAAACUGGAUGACCUUACAAACGAGGCUGAAAAGCUGGCCACGGAACAUCCAGAUCAGGCUGGAGAGAUCCAAGGACAUCUGGCAGGAAUUCAAGAUGUGUGGGAGGAGUUGAACGCUACCAUGAAGCGGCGUGAGGAGUCAUUGGGCGAAGCCAGCAAGCUGCAGGGCUUCCUUAGGGAUCUGGAUGACUUCCAAUCCUGGCUGUCCCGCACCCAGACAGCCGUGGCCUCGGAGGACAUCCCCACCUCUCUGGCAGAGGCUGAGAGUUUGCUAGCCCAACAUGAAAAUAUCAAGAAUGAGGUGGAUAACUAUAAGGAGGACUACGAAAAGAUGCGGGCGGUUGGUGAGGAGGUGACCCAAGGUCAAACUGAUGCCCAGUACAUGUUCUUGGCCCAAAGGCUCCAGGCACUUGACACUGGCUGGCAUGAGUUGCGUCGCAUGUGGGAAAACCGCCACAGUCUUUUGGCCCAAGCCUUUGACUACCAGACUUUCUUGAGAGACGCAAAGCAGGCAGAGGCUUUCCUCAACAGCCAGGAGUAUGUGCUGUCCCACAUAGAGAUGCCCACCAGCCUUCAGGGAGCAGAGGAGGCCAUUAAAAAGCAUGAGGAUUUUCUCACCACCACAGAGGCCAGUGAGGAGAAGAUUACUGGUGUGGUUGAGGCUGGACGGCGCCUCAUUAAUGACUGUAAUGCAAACUCUGAUAAGAUCCAGGAAAAAGUUGAUUCUAUCCAGGAAAGGCAUGUUAAGAAUAAGGAGGCUGCAAAUGAAUUGCUGACAAAGCUUAAGGAUAACCGUGAACUGCAGCACUUCCUCCAAGAUGGACAGGAGCUCACAUUGUGGAUCAAUGAGAAGAUGCUGACAGCACAGGAUAUGUCUUAUGAUGAGGCCAGAAAUCUUCACAGCAAGUGGCAGAAACAUCAGGCCUUCAUGGCAGAGCUGGCCUCCAACAAAGACUGGCUAGACAAAAUUGAUAAGGAAGGUCAGGCACUGGUGGCGGAGAAGCCGGAGCUGGAACCUGUUGUUCAGCAGACCCUGGAGGACCUCCAGCGUCAGUGGGAGGAGCUGGAGGGCACCACCCGCACCAAGGCCCAGUGCUUGUUUGAUGCUAACAGGGCAGAGCUCUUUACACAGAGCUGCUCUGCUCUCGAUGUCUGGCUGAAAAACCUUGAGGGUCAGCUGUAUAGCGACGACUAUGGCAAAGAUUUAACUAGUGUCAACAUCCUGCUCAAAAAACACCAGAUGCUUGAGCACCAGAUGGAGGUCAGAGAGAAGGAGGUGCAAUCCCUCCAGUCUCAGGCUCUGGCCCUGUCCCAGGAGGACGCUGGACUUGCUGAGGUAGAUGGUCAGCAAAGGCGAGUCACUGAUAACUUCUCCAACCUUCAGGAUCCUCUCGAACUGAGGAGACAGCGACUACUCGCCUCCAAAGAAGCACAUCAAUUCAACAGAGAUCUGGAGGAUGAAAUUCUAUGGGUGAAAGAGAGGAUGCCCCUGGCGGACUCCACAGACCAUGGAAAAGACCUGCCCACCGUACAGCUGCUUAUCAAGAAGAACCAGACAUUGCAGAAGGAGAUCCAGGGCCACCAGCCACGCAUCGAUGACAUCCAUAGACGAGGCAAGACUCAGAGCCAGGUAGAUGGUGAGAGACAGUCCGUCCUAGAGGAGCGCCUUGUUGAGUUGCAGGACCUCUGGGACCAGCUGAUAGCUGAGACAGACAAGCGCCAUGCCCGCCUUAUAGAGGCCAAUCGCGCCCAGCAGUUCUAUACUGAUGCAGCGGAGGCGGAGGCGUGGAUGGGAGAACAAGAGUUACACAUGAUGUCAGAGGAAAAAGCCAAGGAUGAGCAAAGUGCACUAGUGAUGGUCAAGAAGCACCAGACCUUGGAACAGGCACUUGAAGACUACGCCCAAACCAUUCACCAACUCGCCAACAGCAGCCGUCUCAUGGUCACCAGUGAACAUCCAGAGAGCGAGAGAAUCACCUUAAGGCAAGCUCAAGUUGACAAACUGUAUGCAGGGUUGAAAGACCUCGCUGAGGAGCGUCGUGGGCGGCUUCAGGAGAGACUGCGGCUGACCCAACUGAAGCGGGAGGUGGAUGACCUGGAACAGUGGAUUGCUGAGAGAGAGGUGGUUGCUGGCUCCCAUGAACUAGGACAGGACUAUGAACAUGUCACAAUGCUGAGAGACAAGUUCCGUGAGUUUGCUCGUGACACCAGCACCAUCGGCCAAGAGCGUGUAGAUGGUGUUAAUGGGCUGGCAGAUGACCUGAUUGAGUCAGGUCAUCCUGAGAACGCCAGUGUGGCUGAGUGGAAGGAUGGGUUGAACGAGGCUUGGGCCGAUCUGCUGGAGCUGAUUGACACACGCACACAAAUGUUAGCAGCCUCCUAUGAGUUGCACCGCUUCCAUCAGGAUGCCAUGGAGGUGCUUGGACGUGUUAAGGAGAAGAGGGAGGGGCUGCCUUCUGACCUUGGCCGUGAUCUCAACACUGUUCAGCAUCUACACAGACAGCACAACACUUUUGAAAAUGACAUCCAGGCCUUAAGUGGACAGGUGAACCAGGUGCAAGAUGAUGCAGCACGGCUGCAGAAGGCUUAUGCUGGGGAGAAAGCUGAUGACAUUAACAGGAGUGAGCAUGCUGUGACUUCUGCCUGGGAGGGCCUGCUUGAGGCCGGUCAGGCCCGCAGGCUCCUUCUGCUGGACACUGUGGAGAAGUUCCGCUUCUUCAACAUGGUGCGAGACCUCAUGCUCUGGAUGGACGGUGUCAACCUGCAGAUAGAUGCACAUGACAGUCCCAGGGAUGUGUCUUCUGCAGGGCUGGUCAUUGCCAAUCAUCAGGACAUCAAGUCAGAGAUUGAGACCAGAGCAGACAGCUUUACUGCCUGUAUUGAGAUGGGAAAUACUCUUAUCAACAAUAAUCACUAUGCAGCUGAUGAGAUCCGGGAGAAACUGGCUCAACUUCAGGAAAAGAGAGAGAAGAUCAACAAAAAGUGGCAAGACAAGAUGGACCAUUUACAAAUUGUGCUGGAGGUGUUGCAGUUUGGACGCGAUGCUUAUGUGGCAGAGUCUUGGUUGGCAGGACAAGAACCUCUGGUGCGAGCAGCAGAGCUGGGCUCAAAUGUGGAUGAGGUAGAGAGCCUAAUUAAGCGCCAUGAGGCCUUUGAGAAACUUGCCGCAGCCUGGGAAGACCGCUUUGUGCUGUUGGAGAAACUCACUACUCUUGAGGAGCAUGAGAUGCAGAGGAGGAGAGAGGAAGAAGAGAGAGCACGGCGACCCCCUACACCACCCCCAGCAGAAGUUGCACAAUCUGAAGCAGAAAGUCAUGCACAUGAUUCUGCAGCCAGAACCAGUCUGGACCAGACCACACUUAAUCAGUCGGUGUCAGUGAAUGGAGUUCACAGCGACAACGACACAUCACAGCAGUUAUUGUCGCUAUCGUUGUCAGUGGGAAAGAAAUCAGAGCCUAAACGUGUGUGUAAGCCAAAGCAGCCGGAGCGUGGCUCAGAGACUGAGUCUGUGAACGGACCAGGUAGAGACAGCGGGCUGGCAUCCUCUCGCCUGGAUCCUUCUGCCACAUUACCGAGCAGAGGUGGAGCGGAAUCUGAGUCCAAUACCAUGGAGGGGAUGCUCUGUCGAAAACAGGAGAUGGAGUCCCACGGCAAAAAGUCAGCUAGCAGGUCCUGGCAGAACGUGUACUGUGUCCUAAGAAAGGGAAGUCUUGGUUUCUAUAAAGACGGCAAGAGCGCCAGCAACGGCAUUCCAUACCACGGCGAGGUACCCAUCAGCCUCGGAGAGGCUGUGUGUGAGGUUGCCAACGACUAUAAAAAGAGGAAAUUUGUAUUCAAGCUCAGGCUAGGGGAUGGAAAGGAGUAUCUGUUCCAAGCAAAGGAUGAGGCGGAGAUGAGCUCCUGGAUCCGUUCCAUCAUCAGCUCCAUUCCAACAGGAACAGAGGACUCGCCCGUAGGUCCAAGGGCCCUCAGCCGUGCCAUGACGAUGCCUCCCAUCUCCCCCAGCUCAGGUGAUGCUGGAGGUGUAACAAUGCGCAACAAAGAUGGGAAAGAGAAGGAUCGUGAGAAGAGGUUUAGCUUCUUUGGCAAGAAAAAAUAGAACACUUGUAAAAUUGCUGAAAACUACAAUUGUCAAAAUUUCAACAACCAGAAGCAGGCUGAAAGCAAAGUACAAACAGGUCACACAAACACACUGCUCUCAGUGCAGGCCCCAAGGAAUUUGUGGACAGCUACCGUAUGUGGCGGAGAACUUUUUUUUUCUUUAUCUGAUUCUCUCCAUCGCCCGUUUUAUCUGUCAUUUGCUUUUCACCCACAUCACAUUUCACGUUUAGCUGCACCAAACAAUGAAAGCCCUCAUCCAAUUUCAGCCAUCUGGCUGAGCGUAUUAAUCAGUAACAGGUGUGGUGGCAUUAGCAGGGAUUCAGACCCAGUUCAGUUCCAAUCCACCAGAACGGCCGUCCCUCAGCAUGAAUAUUUUCUCUUGACUAGCUGAGCCGUUUUGAUGCCGUGCCGUUAAUAAAACAAUGGAUGGUGGCUUUCCUCUGUUGUGCACAUUGCUUUUAUUACCCCACUUUAAAGCGCUCUCUUUGGGAAGGAUCACAUCAGUCUCUUUUUCUGUUCUUGGUAUUGAUGUUAUUAACCUGACCGAUAUUAUUGCUAUUAUUAAUAUUAUUUAUCUUUUGCUAUCGCUGGUUUGAGAAAACAAACUAAUUAAUUUUCCAGUAGACGAUCUUGAUUCAUGUUGUGGAGAGAAACAAAUUUGGUGAAACUAGUGGAGAAUGUUGGGCUUGCCCUUGUAUGUAUUAAUUUGUUUUUUUAGGAAUGACAGUUGAUGAGGUGUUAUGAGAAAAAAAAUAAAGCUCAUUCAAUUUUAGCAGUGUGCAGUAAGUGAUCACAAGUUUCAUUGGAAAAAUGAUAUAUAUAUUUAAUAAGUGGUUUUAUUUUUUGUUUUGUCUCUAAUUUUGCCUGUAUUGAUUAUCUUUUCUGCUUGAUUUUUUGACUUUUUUUCUGUACAAAGCAGAGAAGAUUAGUUUUCUAGUGUGUGUGUGUGUGUGUGUGUGCGUGCGUGCGCGUGUAUGAGUUGUGGUGCUGUGGAUUUUGCACGUUUGUUAUUCCUGAUCAAACGUGGCCAAAUGAAUGCUGCUUUUCGACCCGCAAACGCAGACAAAAAACGGACACAAACAAAAUAUUACUGGAAUGAUUUCAUCAAAUUCUUUUCUUUGCUUCUGGUUUUUACUAUAUGUUAGCUUACAUUACCAUUAUUUCUGUUUUAGUCUUCUAAUAUCUAUUUCCGUUCUCUCUCUCUAUAUCUCUAUCUACUGGUGUGAAGGCAUGGGGGCAGUUUGUAGAUAAAAAGCUGAAGAUCAUUUUCUGUGGCAGACCACAGGGACGCGAGCAGGACAGAUGGACAGCUGACAGGUCUCAUUAGGUGAAAUGAGGGGUGUGGAAGUGAUACAAGCCGUGAAGAAUGCGCUUUAUGUGCUACCUGAAAGAGAGAGGUGUACUGAGCCUUACUGUACUUGAACUUACUACAGAUACACUGAAUCCCUUUUUACAAACCCAGCCUCCAAUCAAACAGUCUUAAAGGAAGCUUUUGUAGUACCAAGAUAAGAAUGUUUAAAAUGUGUCCUGUGGCAAUGAUCUAAUGUAUGUCAGGGGAUUAUAUAUGCAGGUACAAUAUGAAUUACAGUUACCAUGGGACGCUCUGCUCACUAGCAGUAGCAGUGAGGGAAAAAUCCUAAAUUGUCUCUUAGACGAGCUUUGUGCUCGUGCAUAUGUGGCAUGAAUUCAUGUAAGUUUAUACUUGUAUGUGUGUCAUCAUCGCCAUCUAUUCUCCUGUGUUGAUGUACUCUGAACAACAUGAGAUCACUUCAUGGUGGAAGAGCAACUAAUUAUAUGUAAUUGGCAUUUGCAUUAAUCCAAAACCAGAGAAUGGCAAUCAAAUAUAGUUAAUGUAAAACGUGUUAUUGGUUUCCUCAAAUAUGGUACAUGUUUGAAAUGAUAAAGGCAUUCACAGUAAUUGUGAGACUGUAGGUUUUAGUGCAAUUGUAUUUAAAUAAGUUAACUGUUAUUAAAAUCAGUCCAAGUUUUAAUUUGCCUUUUCUAACUGCCAAAAUGCAAAAGGAAGUUAUUGGAUAACAAAUCUGAAUUUAAGCGUUUCAUGGAUUAUAUUCAGUAGGUUGCAAGUAAUCAAAUAUUUGUUAUUUAUUACACCUUGAAAGCAACUCUUUGAAGCUGGUAAUUGCCUGGAUGUGUAUACCAUGCCUUGGUGAGCUGAAUAGUCCACAGGAAUGUCACACCAAACAGCUGGAAGUAAACUGGCUGCAGUUUAAACAGGUUGGCCUUAUUUUCCAGUCCCAAAUGAAUGUGGAACCAGUGAUCUAUCGCUCGAAUCAAAUACUCUCCAAGCCAGAGAAGAAAAAUAUUCUACUUUGAGACUAUUGAACAGCUGACAGUACCUGCUCCAAAUGUUAUCAAACUGACAGCCUUCUCUCUGUCAGUGGGAUUUUGUAUUGUGUGUGUGAGACGCAGCUCCUAGUUUAAGUAGUCUUAAACUAAGCUACACUCUGGGAACCGAGUCAGUAAGGUCAUUGCAUACAUAAGUGAGCCAACGCAGUUUGCGUUCAUUGUGCACAAUUUCAAAUGGAGGAGUCAUUCUUCCCCAGCGGAGGAGCUGUUUUUAGUGACUAUUAAUACCUUUUUCUCUUCUCUGGAAAUCAGAUACAACACCCAGUUGAUGUUAGGGACUUCCAGUUUAAAGGUCACACAGUGUAUUUUUUUAUCAGCUCAUUUGAAUGUGAAUGACUCAGAUUAGUUUGGCCAAAUUGGUCAUGUGAAGCAAAAAUAUUUCUCAUACUUGACAUAGUGAACACAAGCUCUCUCUUUCACACAUGCUCACACAUUAAUGCUAUACUGCAUAUUUAAUGCAGAAUGACCCUGGCAAUCCAGUUUUGUUGAAAUGUCCUCAAUGUUGAACGAUGUGCAAUUCAAUGUUGCAUAUGGCAUCUUUUGAAAUAUAGCAUAGUGCUACUGGUGAGCUUUGACCAGAACAUGGGAAGUAAUGUAUUAUCGAUGUCAAAGAGAUGAGUUUUUGGUUAUGAGAGUACUUGUAACGAUGGAGAACUUAAUGAAGAAAAACAACAACUUUUAUUUGUUAAGUAUUUAGAUAUGGUUGAAAACAGACUGGUGGCAAUUCAAGCUUCCUUUUUUUUUAGAAGAAGGCAGGAUAUUUGCUGUCUAGUGGGAGCUUGUAUUUUUUCAUCCAGUGGUCUGUGCAGCUUUUGAUAAGCCUGUCCUCUUACCUUCUUUUAUCAUUACCUUUGACAAAUGUCUGUUCCUUCCUCUGUAAUUCAGAGUUGUUAAUACCACUACUAUUAUUAAUUGCUAUUAUUAUCAUUAUUGCUACUGUUGUUACUAUUACUACUGCUGUUACUAAUGCAACUUAUUGCAAAAGUUAUAACUGCUGUCCAUUUUCAGGUACGUGUCUGUGAUACCAGACCCUUCCACACGAUGUCAGUGUGCUGUGGAGCAUUUUCAUUACAAAUCGAAAGUAAUGUUUGUUGACUUGUGUAUCUACAUCUAAUAUUAGGAAUAAUAAAACAUGGUUUAAUCAAAAUCA